AUGGUUUCUUCUGCUAUUUUUAGAUGGAGCGAUGUCAACAUCAGAGAUAGAGAGCAGAGUUAUGCUCCUCCUAUCAGGGUUGUCAGAGAUGGCGCCCAGAUCGCCCAGACUUUUAGCUUGAAACAGCAUGCAGAAGCAGAGAAGUCUCCCAGCACCGUGCUUUUCUUAGAGCUGGCCGUCACAGAGCACGGACGCCUGUUUUGUGACAUCAUAACUCUACACACACCCAGAAACCUCUCUCUCUCUCUCUCUCUCUUUCUCUCUCUCUCUCUCUCUCUCUCUUUCUCUCUCUCUCUCUCUCUCCCUCAAGCUCUCUCUCUCUCUCUCAUUUAUUUUUUUUUUUUCUUCGUCCUUCGACACUUGGCAAUCUCACUGGGUGCGCCCUUCCCGCCCCUUUUAGAAGUCGUCAUCUCGUUCUACGUGCUGUGCCCCCGUGAGCUCGAACGCAAGGGUGUCAUCACCUGUAGCCAGCUGUCGAUAACGGCAGAUGCUGCUCCGACUGACUGGGCCCUUGAUCAAGCUGUCGGCCGCCUCACCUCGGCCCCAGCCCAGGUGACGUUGCCCCAGCGCACAGGGUCAAAUCCACCCCCACUGGGAGUACAGCGCCAGCUGUCCGUCCUGCCUGGCCCCGGCUCAGAUGAGCUUCCGGCCACAAGUCGGCUUGAGUUCCGCCAUCGAGAUCCCUCUCAGGCUCUCUCACUGCGCCGACAUGGCUCGCAUCUCAGUGUCGCAAGCCUCGUAAUUCCAGCUGGCUGGCACCAAGAUGCCACGGCAUGGCAAUCCACCACGCCCCACACAGAUCUGGACUUUGUCACGCCCUGGCCUGCCCACCUGACGGUGCAUCUUCACACUGCUGCUGGUGAUGCCAGCUUCUCGGCCCUCAUUGAUCCAGGACAACCCACCUCGACUCAUGUUUGGUUGAGCCUGGAUGUUGCUCGCCCCAACGGCGUGCUGCCCGCCUCAAGCUAUCCGACCCUGGUCGAUGCUCUCACCGCCGUUUUGAAGCAGGCCCAGGCCACUGAACCGCGUCAAGCCGUAGAAGCGCGCAUGUUGGCCAUCUUACAUGCCCUAGGCCCCAUGCUUGACACCAUGCGGCAUCAAAACAUUGACAACGAGGAUGGUUUUCAGCACUACGUGGCUGCCUGUCGGGAGGCCCUGCCGGACCUUACCCCGGCCCAGCACGUGAUCUGGGUCCUCUGCUUACUUGCCCAAUGGGCUGCAGUGUUCAAGCUCCAGCCCUCAACCACGAUUCUGGCACUCUGGGCCAACUGCACACUCAGUGCCAGCGACACCCACGAGCUCGGUGCUUGGGCUGCCCAGCGCAACAACAGCGCGUGGUGGUCCAGUGGCUAUGAAGCCGUUUAUGGAGCUGCAUGUCAAGGCCUCAUGCUACUGGUGGACCUUGACGCAGCCAGCCUGGCUUGGAGCUUUCGCUCUUUGCGGGCCCAUGCCCUAUUGCAAGCACUUGCCCGCCCUCUAGAAAACGCACUGCGCCGCUUGAGCCCCCGUAGCUUGCGCUGUGACCUUGCCCCGGACCUGAACCGCUUGGCCAGCGACAUGGGAGGCUUGCGAGAUGCGGUCACAUACAAACCCGGCCAAUCCAAGUUGCCUCAGUUCUUUCGCGAUGCCCGCAAUCCCGACAAUCUACCACGUACUCUCUUGGUCGCGCACCAGAUCGAGGCACUCAGUCAGCGCCUGCGCCCCGCGGCUGUGCAAGAGAUUCAGCGCCUGCUGGCCAUUUCUGAUGAUGCCACUCGGCGAACUGAAGCCUACAGAACACUCAAGUGGAUUGUCAGCGUUCCCAAGCAGAUCCAGACCACCCCAAAUGCCCUGGCCAAGGUUGAAGCGCAGGUCCAAAAGGCCGAUGAACAACUGAAUCAACUCGCGACGGUGCGCCAAAUGACGGCACGCGUCCGUGGCAACUAUCUCAACGACGUUGGUGUGCAGCGAUUGAGCCAGCGCUUCAAUUUUCAGGCCGACGACGAAGUUCUGCUCAAGGUCCCUUUAGAGGACAAAAGCAAGACGCGUUUGCGCCAGUUGUGCAAAGCCACCGUCCGCAAGCUGCAAGAAGGCGCGCUGGCCGAUGCAGACGCGGCCAACGAACCCACUCGCCUCGAGGAUCGUUUUGAUCCCAUCGACUAUCGUCUCACAACCAUUGCGGGCACUGGCUUUUCGGGCUUUGUGGACUCGCACUUGGAGAACCAGCGCCGGGACCUAAUAGAAGCCCAAAACAGGCGCACGCGACAACAGAUUGACCGGCUUGUGGCGCGCGGUCGGCCCGUGCCCGACAAUUUGCGUGUUUUUGAACUUCGUGCUCGCCGCGUUCAGCUGGCCAACCCCUAUGGCGUGGCUUUGUACAAAGAUGACAGCAUUCUUCUGACGGAGCGAAACAACAACAGCAUUCGGCUCGUCAACCUGCUAACUGGCGAAACAGAGUGUCUCAACCAUGGGGGCCAUGAUGUACCCUUGGCCGCCCAUCGGGACGGCCGUCUUAGUGACGCUUGCUUUCAUCGCCCAUCGGGGAUUUGCCAGCUGGAGGAUGGCAGCUUUUUGGUCGCCGACUCGGCAAACCACUGCAUUCGCAGUAUUUCCCGCAGUCUGAGCACCGUCAAGACCUUUGCCGGCCAGCCCGGUCAAGCUGGUGGCGCUGAGGGAGCAGUUUCCAAGGCGCAAUUCAAUCAGCCCAGUGACCUGUUGGUUUUGGACGAGAAGCGCAUCUUAAUCUCCGAUGAGGCCAACAACAGCAUUCGACUGUUGCAGUUGCAGAAGGACAAGAACUGGACCGUGACCACGGUGGCGGGCAGUCGCACCGCUGGCUUUGCCGACGGCCGACGCGGAUCCACCCAGCUGAAUCAGCCCCGAGGCAUGUGUUUUCUGAACCAGCGUCGCACAGUCGUGGCCAUUGCCGAUGCCGGCAACCACUGCAUUCGGGCCCUCAACACCUCAGAUUGGAGCUUGAAGCUUGUUGCUGGUGUGCCAGGGCGGGCGGGCCGCCGAUAUGGCAAGAUUCUUGAGUCACUUUUCCGCACCCCAUCGAGCGUGGCUCUCGACACGGACGGAGAUUUGCUGGUUGCAGAUCUCGAGAAUGAUCGCAUCUCCGCCAUCCUCAUGGAGGAGCGCGUGGUUGUGCCGGUCGUGCGAAGCGCCCGUGAGGCUGGGGACGCUGCAACUCAGACCGGAGGCAAUCAAGAUCAGUUCAUUGAUGGCUCGGGCCUGGUGGCACGCAUGAGCGAGCCCCGCACCCUGCAUGCGCUCCCCGACGGUGGCGUACUGCUACAAUUUCAGAAGAUGCUGACUGACUACGUGGCGGCCCUCGCGCAGCUUCGUGCUGCAAACGAAACAGCCUUUCGAGCAAUGGAAGGCAUCACCACGCAGUUGCGCAGCUGCGCCACUGCCACCGAUGCCGCUGCGCAUGAUCUGCGUGAGCAGCUCUUUCGCUCUGAGGUCAAGCACCUAGGACAAGACCGUGCUCAACGUCGGCAGGCCGAUGUUCUGGAGCAUUGGCGCUGUCUCCUCAACACCGUGCCUUCGCUGCAGCUCUGGGCUUCGCUUCUGGCCGAGCCUCUUUUGCAGGCCAGUGACGGCCGUGCCCUUGCUCAGAACAAUCUUCUCAACUUUCUUGGCACCUACGCUUGGCCAAAAAGCUCCAUCACCUCUGACUUUGAGGGCCUGGCCGCUUUGCAAAAGGCAGGCUUCCUGACUGAGGCACACCUGACGCGGAUUUUUGUUUCCAAGAAUCUGCGGGCUCGCCAGGGCGCCACUUUAUUGCCCGGCAUGCUGCCAUUUCUGCGCCUUGUGCUGGCUAAUGUUCAACCUGCAGCUAGUCCCCAGCUUGCGGCAGCCAUGGUGGCGCUUGUCGAAGCAGCUCAAACUGCACGCCGACAGCAGGAUAAGGCCGAUGGCGAGGCUGAACGUGCUGCUGCUGCAGGCGGUCUUGCGACGCAUGUGCGCCGCCGAUUGCUACAAGUGUUGCAUUGGUGGUCGGAAACCCACGUUCAACUCAAGGAGGACCGCGACGUCACCGAUGGCCUCCUACAGCUACAACUGCACCAGCUGUGCAGCGAGGAUCAUCUGCCCGCUACCCUUGCUGCCAUGCCCACAAUUUUGCAAGACUUUGAAAUUGCACCACACGUGCUCGGCCGCACCAUGAAGGCUGUCGUUCAAAAUGUCCACCGGUGUCCCGACGACGAGCUGUGGGAAGCUAUUGCAGCUCUCAAUGCGUUGGUGGAAGCGGAUCGCCGGCUUGCUCACCGCGUGUUCCUGUACGGCCUGAUCGAGGCCGCCACCGCGCCUUUGGCCCAUGAGCUACAACCCCUUUUGGAUGCCUGUCGCGGCCAAGCUCUCGACUUAGCCGGACAAGCCUGGCUAGCAAGCCACGUUACCUUCGUGGCCCGCUUUCUUAGUUGGUUCCAUCAGGAAGAGGCCGAUCGCUUUUCAUUGCCUGAAGAGCACCGACUCGAACCUCGCAUGAAGGCGGCGUGGGCACAAAUGACAUCCUGCAGCGGGGGCUUGCAAGACGUCGUCGAACGGGCCUAUCUUGCCCUUCAGGCGCGCACGAUUUGUCCGGAUGCCUUGCAAGCUUUGCUGCGCAAGCGCCGUGACUUCUCAAUGGCUCUGCCAGGCCACUCUCCGACCGCAUAUGCCCUUCUCGUUCAAGCCCAAGGAGAUAUGGAGGCAUACCGUCGGUUGCUUGCUCAGUUGGGCCGCGUGUUUGAAGAUCUGUUACCCACAGACCCCUCCGCCACGACCUUUGAGGACAUCCAGGCCACCUGGCGCUCGAUGCCGCUGUGCGUCACCGCGCACCGCUUACGCCAGCCCGUUGCUGAAGCUGCCGGUGUACCCACCGAGGAGCUGGCGCUUCAGAGCUUUCAGGCGACGGACGAUGAGGGCGCCUCUCAGCUGCUCCCAACGCUUCUUCUGAAGGCCCUUCCGUGGCUGCUUUCCCUGCGCGAGGAUGCGCUGUUCCUGGCAGUAUGGCACACGUUUGGCCAAUCAGUCGCUGAUUUGCCGGAUUUUGUGGCGCACUGGCAGAGUUUGGCGCAGGAGGUUUCGGUUCGAGCUAUUCAUGCAUCUCGUCUUUAUGCUUGGCGCCAGUUGUGGACCGAGGGCAGUGUGCGCCUGCUGCUGCGUACUGGCUUGCGGAAACGUGACGCUGAACUUGAGCCAAGCAUUGAGGCGGCGAUCUCGCCAGCACCGAUGCUGACCAAAGAAGAUUUGGACUUGGACUUGGACUUGGACUUGGUGAAUGAUGAACGCAUACAAACAGCCCCGCAGCUGCACGCAGACAUGCAGGCAGCUCUUCAUCUCAUUGAGCUUGUGAAGAAGCGAGUGACUGUGCAAGACCUGCUCAAGGAAAUGUCGCCUCUUUUGAGUGAGAUUGGCCAGCGCGAAGCCCGCACUUGGGCCACGCUUCUGCACAACGCGAGCAUCGAUGUGGCCGAAACGUUAGAUGAGGCCUCUUUGGCUGCCCUGACAGUGCCAGCUCAGCGCCUGCUGGCCGUGCACCCCAGUGUGCUAAAAGUGGAGCAGCGCCCGAUUCAGUUGUUGCAGGCCCAUGCCACCCUCUUUGCGUGGUUGCGCCUGACCUUUUUCUCGGACAGCGACUUCAAGGCCAGCAUUGAAAUGGCCCUCGGUAAGAACGAAAGCGAGUGCCCCUUUGAGCUCUGGGUUGAUGGCCACGUGGACGACAAGAUGUUGGCCCGCCUGGAGACAGUGCGUCGCCAAUUCUAUCCCUUUAUAUAUCGGCGACAAGAUAUUCUUGGCCACGUCGAUGAGUUACUGGCGAUUCUUGAGGACAUGGAGACCACAGACUGGAACCAGACUGCGGUCAGCCUGGAGACCGUUCAGGGUGUAUUGCAGCCUCUGAGUGAGCUGGUCGACCCCAUUGGUGAUGCGGCCUCUAGCCAAUUACUCAAACUGCUGUCCCCAGCCAGUGAGGCAUGCUGGCGUUUUGCCGCAGCUUGGCCCGACGUUGACCCUAGCCUGUGUGUAACCUACAUUGUCAACGUCAAGGGAAAGAAGAUUGCCAAACAGCGUUCAUUGGCAGAGCUUGAAGAUUUCAAUGCCAGCGUCUUGCUGCGUGAUGGACCCGGCGGUACACGACAGGAACACGUGGACCAGUUUAUUGGCCAGUUUCACUGGGCCAAGCUUCUGCAUACCACCCUACUGGAGCUUCAAGACAUGGGUCACGUCAAUUUUAUGGCAUACCAGGUGAACCUGUCUCUGAGUUUGACUGCAGACGAAGUGCGGCUGCAGUAUCGGCGCUACCGCGACAUGCGCGACGCCUGGCGCACGCAGCUUAUGCAGCUCCGCCAGGCGCGCCACGCAAUGGCCACCUUUCGCGUGAGCCAGCUUUGGACUUUUUUGCGAGAGCUUGUAGAACACCGCUUCAGCCUGCAAGCGGCUCGUGAAGUGGUUGGCUCGUGGAACGUGGAUCUGGCACAUGAGUCUGAAGUUGUUGAGGAAGUGGCCUUGCGGGUACUUGGAGCCUGGCGCACUGGUAAUGCCGCCUGGGCCGAACCAGCCACCUCGAUCACCCUGGCCACGAAUGCUUGUGUACCAGUCCUUGCUGCCCCUGCUGCCGGCGCGGAGAAGCGCUCGCAAGCUUCGCGCAAGGGACCGUCGGCGCAGCAAAUCCUUGUUCUCCUUGCCGACGCUUUGCAUGCAGGCGUGGCUGAUUUACCGCUGCCGAUCCGUGCGUUUCCUCGAGAGCACUAUCACAUGUCCGAUGCCCAUCUGGAUAAGGAGCGGACCGAAGACGUGGAGCUUCCUCGGUUGCGCGUCGUCUGCGCUGCUAGUGCUGAGGAUGCCUGGCUUCUCAGCAUGGGAGAAUUUGUGGCCCACGGCCACAUGCCCGAAGCGCAAACUUUGCUUCUCUGCGGUGAUGAUACACCGCUGGACAGCGUUUCCACCUUCCUUUUCCGCUGGUGCAAUAGAGACGCGACCCAGGGACCCGGUGUCCAUGUACUUAUGGCCUACGAAUGUGCGCAAGCCAAACAGGCAGUCAUUGCACAACUCAUCAAUGAGCGGCGCUUUGAGGCCAGUAAUCCUCUUCUGGUCGUAACAGGUAGCGUUGCUACACAUCAACUCGCUGCCCUGCUUAGCUCCGCACAGUCACCCAAACGGGUGGUUGACCCAUUGGCCAUUCAACAUCUGCUCCGUUUACAUGCGGACCAAGAAACAGCUGGCUUCAAGUUGCUGAUGGGGCCUCAGGGAGCUGGUAGCGGCAAGUCGCACCGCAUUCGACAAUUAGCGCGACGUUCGCGUCGACGCUAUCACUACGUGGCUGUUCACCACCACGAGGCACUGGUCGAGACCUUGGUGGCAAACCUGCUGGCCGCCACUAGCCAGACCGCCACACCAGAACCGUGUGUGGUACAUUUGGACGUGGACCUUCAUCCCAGCGAUGCGGGCUACUUUCAACGCGCACUGCUGACGCUGGCGAGCACUCGCGUGUUGGCCGCCCACCAGGCCAGCUUCUAUUGGGACUACCGCAACGUGGAGUUUAUCGUAGAGUUGGGAAAUGGGGCAGCCACCCGCACCAUGUUCAUACCCCGAGCGCUACCUGGCGAGACAUUGCUCUUUGAUCCGUCGACGCUCCAAACAUCAGCUGACGAGCUGCGCGAUGCCAUGUUGCCCCAUGAAUUCUUGGGUCCCGAAGAUGCGCCUGAUGAGGAUGCUGCCUUCAAGCUUCGAUACCUAGUGGGCAUUUUGCUCAUUUUGCAGGACAACAGCGGGCAGGAGUUUCCCCUCCGUGCGGCUUAUGCGCCACCCCCAGCCGAUGAAUUACAUGGCCGCAUGGCCUCGGAAGUCCUGCUGAAUGCGGUGCCCGAAACGCGGGAUGGUCUCAGCUUUCACACGCUCUGGGCCUUUGUGAAAAUCGCCUACAAUUCCCUGAAACGCCUCUUCGAGGAGGGUGGCUUGCUAGAGCGACUGAAGCAAGACCGUGAAGGCUCGAAGCAUGCCGCACUUAUCAUGCUCUUUGUUCUCAAUACCGCCAAGGAAAUGUCCUUGCGUCAAGAUGUUCUCGUUAGCACCUCCUCUUCUGCGAGCAUUCGGUUUAUGCCAAGCCACGAGGCCAUGGCUGGUCUUGAGCAGCCCGCUAGCCUGAUGAGUUUGCGCAACACCUAUACACGUGGAAAAGACGUGGAUUUCGAACCUCACUUUACGGCAGUCAACAGUCAUUCGGGCUUUGAUUUCCGUUUCAAUCGUCGUCUGCGUUUGUGGACAGGUGGCCAGUCUCGGCGCAAGGGCUUUGAUGGUAUCGCCUGCUUCUCAUUGGAUCCCAGCACUCGGCCGUGGACGGUGAUUAUGGCGCAACCUACAAAAUGGACGCACGUGUCCUCUGUUGAACCUGGUGCAGAGAUGCAGGCCGACGAUGCAGGGCGCGCCCCGCAGCCUCUAGACGACUGGCGUACGCAGCGCUCUUCCACAGCCAACAACCAGGUUGGCGGCGCAAGAAACGGACUGACCAUCACUUCCCAAGACUCCAACGAUGAGCCAGCACUUGGGCAGUACCUUCCACUCGAGCCCGAACCCGUGGAUUGGCUGGGUGCGCUUCAGCAUCCAAGCGGCCGCUUUCGAGCCGUCCGUCACCAACAACAAUGGCUUAUCUUUGAGGCCAUUGACGGUGCGUUUCGCCCAUAUGCUGCCAGCACGGAAAGGGGCUGGUUCCGCGCUCAGUACUCGUUGACCGACAAGGAUGAGGACAAGUUUGCCUGCAACAUUGAUGAACUGCGACAUCUUCUGCCCACUGCGACACGUGAAGAAACUACGCAGCUAACCACAGAGGGGGAUGCGUCAUCAUCUCAACCCAGUACCGACGCUCAGGCACCCUUCGCCUCCCUUGCGCUGCGUGACGAAACCCAACCCAUCAUUGAUAUCCUGGGCUGGGAGAAGUCAAGUCAUGACUUUUUGGUGUUUCAGAACUCAAGCCUGGUAUUUUCAGCCCAGGCCGAUGUGGCAGCCGCAGAUGGUAACCAGAGCACUCAAGGAGACCGAGAGGGGCAGGUGGCUGGUAUGGAGGCCCGGUCAUCAUCGGCCAUGCUAUUGAGCCUCAUGCCUUACAUGCUGCGCUCUCUCAAGCUUGGUCUGGAAACUGUGCGUCUGCUUGAGAGCUUGGAUGUGCUCGUUCCUCACUCUGUUUCAGACUUGAACACGCGGCUGGCAGAUGCCCUUGCAUUCGUGACGGGCGUGCGCAACGAGGAAGCUCUAGCAGAUGGCACCUACGUGCUAACCUUGGACAAUGUCAUGAAGAUGGUCUCCGUCUUUACGCGCAUGCAGGCUGGGCUACCUGUGUUGCUGCAGGGCGAGUGCGGUGCCGGCAAGACAGCACUCUUGCGCUUCUUAGCCCGUUGGCUGGGAGCCGAACUUGUGAUCCUAGACGUGCAUGGAGGGACCACAGUAGACGACAUUGAGACCACUUUUGCCAAAGCAGAACACGCUGCGCAGGAAGGUGCGCGCGUCCUUGUCUUUUUGGACGAAUUUAACGCCUGCGAGCACACGGGAUUCAUCAAGACUGUUUUCUGCGAGCGCCGCCUUCGGGACCGCUUUCUUCAUCCGGGCGUUCGGGUUCUCGGCGCCCUCAACCCUUAUCGGCGCCGUCAGCGGGCGGCAGCUGUUACACCCGGCCUUAUCUUCAGUCUCAACCGUGAGCAGACCGAUACCAUGAGCGAGCUCGUGUACCGCGUCAACGCUGUCCCAGACACGCUUUAUGAGUAUGUGUUUGACUUUGGGCAGCUAACAAGCCAUCAAGAGGCAUCUUACAUUGAGCGCAUGAUUGAAGCCAUGCACCUUGCGAAGGAGCCAUCGUGCAUACAUCUUUUGCGUGUGCUGAUCUCUGCGUCGCAAGCUUACAUUCGCAAUGUGGAGGGCGACUCAAGCGCGGCCAGUCUGCGCGAUGUGCGUCGUUGCCUGCACCUGACCCAAUGGUUCUUGGAUCACGUGACCAGCGGCACCGAUCAAGCCUCCCAGCAAAAGAUCAGCCCGCUGGGCGUAGCCUUUACAUUAGCACUGGCUUUUACGUAUUGGUAUCGGCUCAAUUCAGAGGCUGAUCGUGAAGGAUACUGGCAGAAGCUUCGCGAUUCGGGUGACUUCAACACCCACGCUUUGAUGGAGCAACGCCUAGACGUGCUGCGCAAGCGAGGCAUGUUUGGUCGAAUUCUUCGACACAUUCGCAACAAGUUCUGUGCUAAUAUCCAGACGGAUGAUGACAUUGCCAUGAACGACGCACUCUCUGAGAACGUCUUUGUCACCAUCAUCGCAACUCUGAACACGCUGCCCACAUUUAUUGUGGGCAAGCCAGGCAGCUCCAAAACGUUGGCUUUGCAGCUGCGGGAAUUCUUUCCCAGUACCAAGUGGUCAGACCGUGCUUUGUUUGUUUCUCUCUCUCUCUCUCUCUCUCUCUCUCUCUCUCUCUCUCUCUCUCUCUCUCUCUCUCUCUCUCUCUCUCUCUCUCUCUCUCUCUCUCUCUCUCUCUCUCUCUCUCUCUCUCUCUCUCUCUCUCUCUCUCUCUCUCUCUCUCUCUCUCUCUUCUUUCCCUUUUUCCGGUUCCGUCUGCAUGCGUGUCUGCCUGCUCACUUUGCAUGCCUCGAUGGCGCAUUCUUUCAGGCCUGCCGAUACCAAGAACACGCCAAGGAUGCUCUCAGUGUCUUGGUACUUGAUGAGGUUGGCCUCGCUGAGUUUAGCCCUGACAUGCCCCUCAAAGUGCUGCAUGGCAUGCUGGCAGAGCCCCGGGUCCCCAUUGUUGCUGUUUCCAAUUGGGCUUUGGAUGCAGCCAAGAUGAACCGCGCUUUGUGUUUAGCCCGCCCUCAUCCUUCGCUUGAAUCGCUGGAAGAGACCGGCGAGCACAUUCUGCAACAUGGCGUUCACGCGCCAGGCCAGGCGGCCUUGCUCAAGAAGCUGCUGCGGCCAUUGGCUCUGGCUUACCACGCGCUACUGCAACGUGCGGAGAAUGGCAAAGAUCGCGUUUUUUUCGGCAUGCGCGAUUUCUAUUCAUUGCUCAAGCUCAUCAAGCGCAAAACGGGCGAGUCCGUUGUCAGGUUCAAGGGCAACAUUACUAGCGAAUUUCUCAACAUGUGCGUCUGCCGCAAUUUCGGAGGCAACAGCAAGCUUUUGGAUGUAGCCAAUAAGCUCUUCCAUCAGCAUUGCGUCGGCUACGCCCCUGCCUCAGGCCCACUGCACGUGGGGCGGCUGGUGCUGGACAACUUGAGCGACCCACUUGCUCGCCAUCUCUUGCUCUUCACUUCGUACGGCAGCGCCCUCGACAUUUUGACGGGCUCAGGGCUCGUUGAUUUGACCCACAGCGAAAUUCUCAUCGGCUCACAGUUUAGCAGCGACGCUGAUGAGCUCAAGCUGGUGCAGCAGAUCAAUCGCGUGCGGCGUGCCAUGAAGACGGGCAAGCUUCUCCCUGUGAGUGUGUGUGUGUGUGUGUAUGUGCGUGUGUGUGUGUGUGUGUGUGUGUGUGUGUGUGUGUGUGUGUGUGUGUGUGUGUGUGUGUGUGUGUGUGUGUGUGUGUGUGUGUGUGUGUGUGUGUGUGUGUGUGUGUGUGUGUGUGUGUGUGUGUGUGUGUGUGUGUGUGUGUGUGUGUGUGUGUGUGUGUGUGUGUGUGUGUAUGACGCGUUGAACCAAAAGUAUGUCGUCAAGCAGGGCAAAAAUGGCCAGGUCAAGCGCAUGCUGCGCCUGGCGAUUGGCUCGCGUUCGCAGCUGGUCGAGGUGCAAGCCGGGUUCAAAAUUAUUGUGAUCGUGGAGGACAGUGCCCGCAAUUCGCUAGACUUGCCAUUUUUGAAUCGUUUUGAGCGUCAACUACUCCGCCCCAGUGACUGGACCUCCCGCCGCUACGCCGUGGCUUUGGAUGACAUCAAAUCUUUCCUUCAUGCAAUCCAAGAAGAAUGUGGCCUGCGUCUCACGGGCAUCUUUCCUUCAUUCCAACGCGAUAGUGUGGCCAGUGCGCUCAUCCAAGGCGCAGAAUACUCCCAGCAACCCACGCAUGAUGAGUGCCUACAAGCGUCCCAGGUUGCCAAGGCUAUGUUGGCUCGGUGCGCUUCGCCAGUUGCCGUCCAGUUCUCACCCACCCUUCAGCAACAGUUUCCCCGUGGCGUGGACUCUUAUUUCAAAGCCCAAGCAAGCCUGCAGGUCCUGCUGAAACGUCAUUUGCAACGGCGAGACGCUUUUGAGGCCGCUCGUCGUCGCACCUGCGCCGCACAUCGAGUCCAGCGUCAGGCGGCCGAACGAGCCGCCGCGGACAAUAUGGCAUGCACUGUGGAAACAUCGGACGCUGCACCGAGUGAAAUCGCGUCGACAGAGGCAGCACGGCUCGUCCCCACGACUACAGGGAUGAACGAGACUGAUACCCCUGCUACCGGCGCUGAACCCACGCCAGCACCGCAGUCACUCCUGCUCGUGUUGACGCCGUCACCGGCCGGGGACAUACCGCGUCUUGGCGAUCUGCAACAGCUGCUUCCCGGCACAUUGCUAGAGCACGAGCAGCUCUCACACUUUCAUAGCGAGGAUCAGCUGACCAGCCGACUUGACCGCUUCUUUGAAGGCGCUACACGUGCUCGACAAGCGGCGCACAAGCCCCAAAACGAGCCGCGCCGGGUUUUCCUCAUCUCGUGCGAUGCUCUUGAGACGCGCAAAGAAGCCAUUAAUCACACAAUUUUCCUCUGCCAGGCCCGUCAGCGUGCAGCAGAUGCAGCUUGGCGCUCUGCGCUUGAGGCAGAGGAUACUGCACCUGACCAAGCAGCUGUUGAAGACGAAGCAGCGCGCCGUGCUGAAUGGUCCACAGAGUCUGGCCGACCACUCAUUGUGGUUGUGAUACAUUUGCCUUCUUCUGUGAAGCAACGUGGUCGCGAUUUCCCGCUCGUCUUUCGUGGUGGCUGGGACACCCUGUACUGUGACAACCUGCAGCACUCGUCACAGCAGCUGGGCCAGCUGCGCGCACUCCUGGAGCUGGAUGCCGCCACGCUCAUCAAGACACAACAGAUCGACGCGGUCGCCAUCCUUCGCGAGCACUACCAUCGAGUCGUGGUACAGACAGUGGUCCCAGCACAGGUUUACGCCACCGUGUAUGACCGGUUGCGUGAGUUCAAUGACUUGCUCAAGCAGCCGACCUUUACUGAUCAGCUUCUAAAGUUGGUCGUGGGAUUCCUGCGUCGGGCCAAUCAGGCUGACGCGCGAGGCAUUCACUUGCACGUGCAGUGGGCUUGCUCGUUUCAAGUGAGUUGCCUCUUUGAAUCGCUCCAAGCGGCGUUGCGUGAUCUCGUGGUCGACGCAACAUCCUUCGCUUACGCUCUGCUGGAGCAAGAUUUUGGCCUGCAUCUCUUGCACCAAGCCUUUGUUCACCAAAACACCGCCGUGGUUGAGCUUUGGAGCGAACUUUUGGAGCGACAGAUUGGGUUGAAGAUGGAUGUGGUUGCCUUUGGCUACAAGCCCCAGCGCCAGCGCACCAUUGCCGUCGAAAAUUCUGGCCUGAAUUGCUUUGCUCGAGAGGUUCUUCCCCGCCAACAAAGUUUGCUGGCGCUCUUCUUCGCGCCAGCCCAGGCCAUGCUGCAAGACUCAGUGGCUGGUGAAGGUGGAGUGGAAACGUCCGAAGAGCCGGCAGCUGUUCAAGCAAGUGAUGAUGCUGUUGGUGACCCUCUUGCUGCAUAUGAAGCACGGUUGGCUUUGCUCCUCCCCAGCUCACUGAUGCAGCAGCUCGAACUGGCCCAUCUGAAUGUGCCGCCUGAUGCCUACAUGGACUCACUAUUGCUCCAAACUUUUGGCCGACAUGAGCACCACCCCGACCUUGAAAAGUGGGUUACGACCGAAUACCGGCCAGACCGAUUGCUGGCUCAAGGCGAUUGUGCCAUUGUUGAGACCUGUGUGCGCGAUGCCAUGCAGAGUCUGCGAGCACAGCCCCGACUAAUCGAUGCCUAUCGGCAUUCUCUUCAGCUCGUCGUUGAUGCAAGUGCCAUGGAAAGUCUUUUGUUGGAGAAUCAAACUCCACAAGCCACGGCCUUGACCGUCUGCAUGCACUUGCGAAAAGGACAGAGCACUCAGGAUGAGGUUGCUGCUAUUGAAGCUCAAUCUCUGCGCCUCGUACGUGAUCUUACUCUUUUGGAUGAUACCGACUUUGUCGGAAGCAAUGGUUGGGCCUUGCUGACGCCCCUGCUGGCUGCGCAUUGCGUGGAGCUUGUCUACUCGUGCUUGCCGGCCUUGGUGAACCAUGUGCCGGAUGCUGUGCAAUUGCUGACAGACCUGGCUCGCCUAGAGUGGCCCUCAGAGUGUCUGGUCCAGCAGACGCUGCAGGAUCAGUUGCGUGUGGCUUUGGGCGCCAUUUACACGCUGUAUGGGUGGCUCAAGACAACGGAUGACACGCCUUACUACAGGCUGCUGGCAUGCCUUGAGGGGUGCACGCAGGAAGCAGGACUCAUUGCCUUGCAACUUUUUGUACUUGACUGCGCACGCACCGAGCAACUAGACACGGAGAAGCCCUUGCAAGCAGCUGACGUUGGCGUGGUUUUGGCCGAGCCAGCGCUGCCUGACACAAACGGCCAACUGCCAAUUCAAGCUGCCACCUUUGAACAGGCCAAAUGUGCCCUUCGCCGCGCCAUGGAGCACAUGAUGCGCCGAAUUCCAGCCAGUCCAGAGUUCCCAGACCCUGUGCAGUUGAUUCUGACAAGGCCUGAAGGGGCUGACUUCUUUGUAAAAGUUAUGGUUUCCGCGCAUGGCCCCAGUGCUCUACUUGACGCCCUGUCGUUGGGUGAGGCCGUGACCCCAUUUUUGGCUCCCAUUCGAAGCCUGGCACACGUUUACGGAGCAAGCGCGCGUGGGUCGCGCUCCUCGCAGAACCACAUUGACGUCUUCCGCUGCCUAGAGAGCCAAGCAUACAGCGAAAUACUGAUAGCGGUGCACCGGGCUCACCACACUGGCAGCACUGAUUUGCUGGACAAUAUUUUCACCGCCAAGGUUUUUCGCGACCCCGCCAAGCACCUCCCGACUUGGGUCGGGGCGCUUCUGCACGUUGUGCAUUCUUGUGAGGACAACAUCAAGUCAACAGUUGUCAAGACAUGGCUUGAGCGCACCUAUAAACCCUUGCUCGGCUCGACACAACAAGAAAUCCUAGAUUGGGCCUUGAAUGGCUUUCAAUUGGCAGGGAAAACCCAGCAUUGCCGUACACCCAACACGUUGCCGUUCUUGCGCAAUAUGAAUACCCAGUUGUGUGCCUUGGUGGCUAUAUUGGCUGUGGAGCAACCCGACAGCUGGAUUGGGCAGUUGGUCUGGCAUCCAGAGAGCACCCAGAAACACUUUUUGCCAGGCAUGCCGGGCAACGACUUCUCGAUGGUGUUGAACGAAUCGCCCUGGGUGGGCUGGUAUAAGUGUCCAAACGGCCACUUGUACUGCGUCGACAACUGCACUAUGCCCAUGGAGCGCUCAACAUGCCCAGAUUGUCGUGCUGUGAUUGGCGGCGAAUCGCACGUAUCCGUGAGGGGUGUCGUGCGCCUCACCGAUGAGGAGGUUCAAGGCAUGCGCAUCGCGCCCAACCGGGGCUAUUCCGACAGCUUUUGUCACUCUACGGAUGGGAAACUUGGACGCCCCAUUAGCAACUUUUCGCAGCAGUUCAUCCACUUGAUUGUGCAUGCCGCACUUCGACUUGCAAUGACACUGCGCCCCACACCAGGGUGGCGCUUUUUGACCAUGGCAGCAAGUCAAAGGGGCACGCUAAGUCGUGAUGAAAUGGCCACUCGCUUCCAUAAAAUUGCCAUUCAAGCCACGGCUGGGUCGUCUUUCAAGCUAGAGCAUAUUUUGGUCCUUACGGUCACCAUCUUGACCGAUAUGCUGAAGACAAAGAUUGCACCCGCCUUUGUCACACACGAGUCGCGCGACCUGUACGAAUUGCACCUGCAACGCACCUUCAUCGACCCACGACUCGCGGAUCGUUCCAAGAUACAUGGCAUGACGGCACACCUCAAGGAUCGGGCUAAAACUGAACUGCUGGAGAAAAUUUGGUCUGAGUUUUGCAAGGAAGCGGACAGUCGAGCCAGUGAGGAGGGCCGCGUCAAGCUCUCGGCGCUCCUGUGGUCGCCGCGACCCAAGGCCGAUUUUGACACGUUCGUGGCCACCUUUGGGGCCAUUGGCUCCAAUCAGCAAAAUUUUCCCGUGUUGGCGGCUUGCUUACGCGUCCAGAAUCGUUUGCAGCUUGUGCGCCACUUGACGCCUAUCCUAGGAUGGCAUGCCAUCUUGUUUGAGGUGUUUGCCAAUAGCAGCCUCAGCCGCGAAGACGCAGCGGCCAUCCGCAACUGCGACGUGGCAUUUAAUGCGACGUUGCCCAUGCUUUCGCCCAAUAUCUAUGAAUGCACGCCCAACCCCUUUCUCACCGCAGACGGUCGCGUGAAUCUCAAGGGCACGGGCGAUGAGGAAAACCCCAUGACUCCCGAGGUGGCAGUCAUUUUCUCCCUGCCAGUUUUGUUGGUGGGCCAGGAAACUGACGCCCGAGGCCUCUGUACCGUGCAACUCUGUCGCAUGCUGGUCCAAGCCCAUAACGAUGUCAUGACAGCCCUGCGCGUGGCGCAGCUCAAGCGCACAGCUGGCGGGGAUCACGAUACGGACAUGGGCAACGUCCACACGGCCUUGGAGGCGAAGACGGAAGGGCCUGAAGUGCCUGGCGCCGCGCAAGUGGUUGUGUCACACAAAACGUCUGCCGCGCAACUGGAUGCCCUGCUGCUUAACUUUAGCAUUGAAUCGACUGCUCAGCGUAUGGUCUCGAUUGCUGCUCAGCGCACUAUUGAGUGCGUGAACCUUGAAACGCCAAUCACCUUUGAUUUUGGCCUUGUCGAGCGCUGGAUUGAGCAAUCCCUGCUAUCGGGGAAGCGCGGUGUGCAGCUGGAUCUGCGAGAGUAUCGCUAUGCGGGAGAUGUCGAGGCUGUGGGCCAUUUGGCGGCACUGCGCCAGCGCAUACCUCAGGUGCAGCUUUCUGCCUCAGUGAAGCAAGAAUUGUUGCGUGAGCUAGACGUGCAAAGUCGCCUUCGCAUCCUCCGACGCCUUUUGGAGGAUGCCAUAGCUCUUUUGGCAACCCUGGGAGGACAAGGAAGCGAGCUGCUGGGCCUUGAUCCCACCGUCCAGCUGCGUGACUACAUGCUGACCAGCAUGAAUGUGAGCGCGACUGAAUGGAAUAAGGUGGCAAAUGAGUGCCUGGAUAGUCAGGUGCAGUUGCAACACUUGCAGUCUCUCUUGCUGCUUUUGGAAACAGAAAGCGUCGAUGGGCCCUUGGAGCAAGUGCACGAGGCCUAUCGAGAGAGCCUGGAUGAGGAGUUGGCACAGGCCGUGCGUGCGCUCUUGUUCAAGGUCGAUCUGAGCGUUAUUUCGUCGGUUUUGCACGAUUUGUUAACAAAUCAGCUCAAGGACGAUCAGUGGCCGGCCAAUGGAUCGCUGAAGGAGUACCUCGGCUACUGCACUGAAGAAGAUCUGGACGAGCUACCCUGGUUUCGAGAGCUGCCCGACACUCUGGAGCUACGCCACGCGGUUGCGCUGUACGAGCUCAUGAGCGCCUCGACGUGAGAGGUGCUGACUCUUUUCGAGUGUGAGAUAAUUGACCUCUUCACUGUUUAUCUGUUUCUCUGUCUGUUUCCCUGUCUGUUUCUCUGUCUGUUUCUCUGUCU